AUGCUCUCUCCAUCGAUCAUUUUAAUAAUUCUUGUCACAGUCGAUUGGAGUUUCGAACAAAAAUGUAAUCGAUAUCGAAUUCGCACAUGGAACGCUGAACAGAGGCUUAUUUGUGACCUACUUGAUAGUUAUCAAGUUCGAUGGGGUCGACCUGUGAGAAAUACGAGUGAAGGCGUUGAAGUACGAUUUGGUUUACAACUUAUUCAUAUAAGUGACCUUGAUGAAAAAAAUCAAGUAUUAAUAACAAACCAAUGGCAAAUUUAUGAGUGGGAAGAUGAAGCAUUAAAAUGGGAUCCAGCACAUUACGAUAAUCUUAAGGAUAUACGUUUACCAAUAAAACGCAUUUGGCAACCUGAUGUGACAUUGUAUAAUUAUGCUGAUACACGACUUGAAGAAAAACGCGAUGUAUUAGCCAUUGUUUAUCAUAAUGGAACAGUGUUUUGGAAACCGAUGUCAAUUUUUAAAUCGACAUGUCAAAUUGAUAUUCGUCGUUUUCCGUAUGAUCGUCAAAAUUGUUCUAUGAAAUUUGGUACAUGGACAUAUGAUCAAUCAAAAGUAGAUUUAAAAUUUUACCGUGGUAUAAAAAAGUUUGAUCUUAAUGCCUAUGUUAAAUCAAAUGAAUGGUCUAUUGUUGGAAACAGGGCAUCUCGUUUUACGGAAAAAUAUGAUUGUUGUCCUGAAGUUUAUGUUGAUUUAAAAUUUUUUAUUAGUCUUGAACGACGUGGUGGUUUUUAUAAUUAUAUAUUAAUAUUGCCUUGUGUACUUUUAUCCUGUUUAACAUGUAUUCUCUUUUGGUUACCUCCAGAAAGUCCAUCAAAAUUAGUACUCGGAAUGAAUAUAUUUACAUCAUUUUUUGUGCUGCUACUUCUUCUCUAUAAAAAUAUGCCAUCCAAUGCGGAACACAUUCCACGCAUAGGUGCAUAUUAUUGUUUGAAUAUGGGAAUGAUUGCUACAUCAACGUUUCUAUGUACGAUUGUAGUUCAUAUUUAUUUUCGUGGUAGUGGACCAAUGCCAGCCGUACUAAGAAAAGUUUUUCUUGAAUGGCUUGCAACACUUUUUUGUAUGGUACCACAUAGAACUACACGUGAACCUCAUGGAUCUCAUAGUUUAAUGCCACCAAAGAAAGCAGUAUGUGAUAGUGAUAAGUUUGAACAAUUUGAAUUACUCAAGGGACGUUUUAAAUCGUUUGGAGAUAAACAUUUGCAUACGACAAAUGAUGAUUCCAAUAAUGAGAAUAUAGAGUUAACUAUUGAACAUGGACGUGAGCAAUCAAUAGAAGAUCCUUUAUCGGAACAAAUUCAACAACAAAUAACAGCAUCACUUGCAUUUAUGACUGUUGAAACUGAUUUGAAAGAAAUAAGAAAUUUUUUACGAACAACAAAAAAACGUAUGGAAGAUAAAGAAGCAAAAGCUAAAACAGUUAAUGAUUGGAAACAAGUCGCACUUGUUCUAGAUCGAACCUUCUUUUUCAUAUAUUUGACUGCUAUUAUAAUAUCUCUCGCUGUCAUGUUUCCUAGAUAG